ACCACCUGGUGCAGGUCUUCAAUCGCGCCCUGACGUCAUCGCGAAGCGACAAGGAAGCACUGCCGCUCUCGUCCUUCAACAUACUCUGCUUACAGAACGGGAAACUAAAGUCACAGUAUUUCUCAGAUGUUUGGUAGUUUAUGGAGUAACAGAAGCAAACAGCAGUAGGGGAGCAGUAGUUGGGAGAAAGAAAUAAUUGUGGACGUUGUCGGCGGUUAAUUCGCGUCAGAGUAGCGAUGGCGGCUCCAAACUCUGCGGAAAGGAAGGCGUGCUGGGCCGCCAGGGACCGUCUGUGGAAAUGUCUGGAUGACAAUGGUGACAAAGUUGCCUCCUGCCAGAAGUUCCAGAGCGAGUUUGAGGCAGAUUGCCCCGCUCAGUGGGUGAAGUAUUUCGCCAAGAGGAGAGACUUCCUAAAAUACAAAGACAAGAUGCAGUCAGAAGGAUUCAAACCUGCCGAAGGACCACGGCAACCUUCCUAACACCUGGACCGCAGGCUGACGGACUAUCAGCCUCACAUUUGGCCGAGCGGUCGAGGCACAGGAAUCAGAGAGGAGUCUCCUAACUUUUUCAUGGACAGAAUACCUGAACUCGUUAUUUGUUUGUAGAGAUAAAUGCUGAACCCAGAUGUUUAAAACAAAGAAAACUAAAGGGAGAAUUGACAGAAAAGAUCCACGGUUACAUUUAUCAGGUCAGUUGGAUUUACCCUUUAAAUGACAUGUCAUUUAUUGAUGCUGGUGUGGGAAUAAUAAUAAUCAGUGUGGCACUUAUAUAUAGAGUGGUGUUCUACCUCUUGUUCGAUUAAGUUUUACAAGUGGGAUUUACCGAUAAAGGCUGAUCUUUACAGAUGUCUGAUAAUCCACUAUUAAUACUAGUAUACCACAUCAGGCAAUAGUCUGACGUGUGUUGCUUGUAAAUAAAUAAGAUCCAUAC